AUGGUACUUGUUUUACCAAGAAAGGAUGGCAAGGUACAAUUGAAGAAUAGGUAUGAUAGCUUGAGAAAGGAAUGGAAAGUAUGGUAUAACUUGUUUGGAAAAGUUACAGGAUUAGGAUGGAAUUUUGAGAAGAACACCGUUGAUGCAUCCGAUGAGUGGUGGGAGAAGAAAGAAUUGGAAAAUCCUCAAUAUGCAAAGUUUAGAGACAAGGGACUUCCAUUUGCUCACCAACUAACCACACUUUUCAAGGAUGUAGUGGCUAAUGGAGAGCAUGCUUGGGCACCAUCAAGUGGUGUAUUACCUAAUGAGAACUUGGAUAAUGAUGAUAUUGAUGUUGGCUUGGAUGAUGCAGAAGGUUCGGGUGAUAGUGAAGAUGCAAGCAUUGGAGCAGCAACUGGUUUUGGAAAUAUUAACUUGAAUACAUCACAAGGAGCUGUUAGUCAAAGUAGUGGACAAAAGAGAAAGAGAGUUAUUGGGGCUGAACAGAAAGGAAAGAAAAAAGCUACUGCUUCAACGUCAAUAGCUGAGGCUGUUAAUGUUAUUGCGGAGACUUGCAAGUCGCGGAAUGAGGCUAUAAGUAAUGCAUCUAUUGGUGAGGUGAUGGCUGAGAUUCAAACCAUGGAGGCAGUUACUUCUGAUUUAGAGUUUCAUACAAUGUGUUGUAACCUAAUGAUGUUUAAGCCAGCUAGGGAGAUGUUUGUAUCACUGCGGGGUUUUGAGGAAAGAAGGUUGAUUUGGCUCAAAUUUGCAUCAUUCAACCCUACUCUAUUCAUGAGGCCGUGA